GGAGUAGGCAUGCAACUGGAAAGAGCUCACUACGCCAGUCUGACUCUCCUGCUUUCACUGGCUGUCAGAAAGCAGUAACUCAUAUUUCUGCCUGAGCAAUGGAAGGAGUAGUUACAAGACACUGGCUGGAAACUCCUGUACGUUAUCAGGAGCAGUUUGCUGUCCAAGAUCUGGAAGCAUGCAAGUUGGAUCACUCUUUAUAUGCUUUGCCAGGCCCAUCCACAGCUGAGGUGAGAAGCAGACAUGCAGCAAAAAGUAUGGCUACAGCAGAGAAGGACAGCACGGAGGAAGGCAAACCCAGCUUUCAGGUCUUACUGGAUGUUGUGCAGUUCUGUCCUGAAGAUAUCAUCAUUCAGACUUUUGAAGGCUGGCUCCUGAUCAAAGCUCAGCAUGGACGUAGGAUGGACGAACAUGGUUUCAUAUCCAGAAGCUUUGUUAGACAAUACAAAUUACCUAAUGGAGUCAAGAAAAAAGAUUUGUCUGCUCUCUUCUGCCAUGAUGGCAUUUUGGUUGUUGAAAUUAAGAGCUCAGAGGGAAUGGAUUAAAGUCUUGUUAAUUGUUAUUGGUGAGAUAAUAUUAUUGCUAAUGUAACUCAAACAAUUCUUUGCAAUGUAGCCAUGCAUGUGAAGUUGUUGGCUUGUAUUUACAAUGGAGAUAAGAACAUAACUUUGCAUAUAUUUUUGGCAUGUUGAGUUUUAUUGUUUGAUGUGAAAUGUGAGACUGCUUUCCUUCAGCUGCAUAUGUGCUGGAGACCCAUGCUUUUUAUACAAAAGAAAGUUUAUGGCAGUCAAAACAAAUGAAAAAUAUUUCAUAUAAUGCUCUCUGAUGAGGUACCAAGUGUAAAGCAUGUAUCAAAAUGCCAAUAAACAGGGGUUACCUUUGUAAUAUGUAUUCAUGAGAUGAAUAAUGAAAGGAGCAGCAGAUAUUAGUCUGAGUUUUAUGGAAUUUUAAUUUACAUAACAGGAAAAUGCCAUGUUUUUAUUAGUUAUAUCACUAUAUAAUGUUAACUUCAACAUUUCUUAGGUGAUGUCAAAGCACGCAUGAGCAGCAUUCAUUUGGUCUGCAAAAUAAUUUAUGGGAAAAACUUUUUGAAUUCAAAUUCAUUUCUAAAUAUUACUUGCAAGUGUGCCCUUUAAAAAUAUAUUGUACUUAAGGGAAUAUUGAACAG